AUGGUCUUGUAUGACUCAUUAUCAGCAGCAGCUACCCAGGAUGAUGAACAAUCACGACAUAAAUCAACGUCCUUUUUCUUCACGACCACAAAGAACCAGUCCACAUUUAGUAAUCGCGUAUCUAUGUCAUCUUAUGGAGUAAAUAACGACCUUAGUAAACAAAUGAACGAGUUAUCAAGGCAGCAGCAACAUACUGCCUAUCAUGGUAGUUAUCGUCAACAAGAUAAUAUUCCAGAAAAAAUGGAUCAAUACAAUUCUAGUAUUGAGCUACAAUAUUUUAAAAAGAAAUCAAAAACAGCAUAUCAUCAGGCGGAAACUACAAUGUCUGGAUCCAAUUCGACUCUUGGUCCAACUUUGGCUACAGACUCAUUAAGUAAUGGUCCUUCACAGCAAGCUCGGCGUUACGCGGAAACGAGAUUUCCAUUUCCUCCAUUUAUGGUGAAGUUUACACAAGACGUUAAAGAGCAAGGUAUAUUAAAUGAAUUAGAUGAUUAUUUUGCAAAAGUUCGUAAAAUUAAAUUGGAACUAGAUGGUCAUCGAUUAAAACAAAGAAGGGAAUUAUUACUAUUUGUAAAAAAUCGGCAUGUAUUUCUAGUAUUAUUUGAUACUAACAAUUGGCCAACGACAUUAGAUAUUAAAAGUAUCCAAAUUAUUGAUGAAUUAUUGAAAAAGAAAUAUCUUUAUUUCAACCAUCAGCGUUAUGCUCUUACUGACGAUGAGUAUUUAUGCCCGGCACGGGUUUUGGUGUGCUCUAAGUGCUACGAAAUUGGACACUUUCGGAGCGCGUGUAUGAAUAAAUUAGACGAAUGUAGGACAUGUGGGAAAGAAGCUAGAGAUAUUAAAUUGCAUGCUGAUGAAUGUGAUGGGCGGCAGUCUUGCGUUAGAUGCAAAGGACAACACGAAUCAAGUGAUGUUAGAUGCCCAAUAAUUAAAUCUUAUCGGGCGGUGUUAACAAAAUCGUUAUUAUCUCCGAAAGAUAUGACUGGAGAUAUUCGGUAUCGAUAUAAUCCCACCGAUUUUCCACUAUUAGAUAGUAGUGUAAUGGAUCAUGGUGGCGUUAAUGAUCGUAUAUCUAAGUUAGAACACAAUGUUAAUCAAUUAAAUGAUAAUCCACAACGUUUGCUUGAUGUAAAUAAUAAAUUAUGUGAACAACAAAAACAAACACAAGAUUUAAGUAUGAAUUUUGAGAACAUGUUACAAAUUGAUAUAUCAUUUCAUUAUGAUUUCAUUAGUCAAUUUGAAACACCAAUUUGCCAAACAAUUAUCAAAGCAUUGCCACCGCUAGUUUGUUGA